UCCAAACAAACAUCAAUAGCCUUUUUAGUAAAGAAGAGUAUAUUGAGAAACUGUGAAAUCUGGUUAAUAUAUUCAGAUUAAACGUAUAUACUCGAAUACCUCUCUAUCGGAGGCGAUGCUGCUCGGGAGAGAGAACACGGGAGCGUCAUGAAACGCUGCAAGUUAGCGCGAGCUAGCGAGCUGAUAAAUGUGUGCUGCCGCUGCUACGGUGGCCAUUUUGAAACUGUGUUGUUCCAACGAAGCCAGGUCCAGUGUUGCCAGUGAACCCUCAGCGAGAAAACUUGAAAAUUCCACCGCUGUGACUUCAUGUGUGUGAAAAAAAACUUGAAGAAGGGAAGGAAAGACUCCUUUAACUAUCUUGGAUUCUCAAACGAAGGAAAGAAGUUGAUUGAGCUACCUUUGGGAAUUCUCUUUGGACACGUUUGAUUUUUGCGGAAGAACUUUCUGGACUCGUUGAAGAUUUUUGUUAAGCUUUUGAGCUUGCAUAUCUAUGAAAUCAGAGCUAUACCCUUUAUCUGUUUCAAUCAGAAAACAGCAUAUAAUUAAAUGGGCAUCUUACAAAUGUGAUAUUAAAACGUAUAAAGAUAAAAUCGGCAUUAUAAUGCAUUAUCCAGCAGCAUCUCUAUUUCACUAACCAAAACUGAAAAUGACGGCAAUGUAACAUAGGGUCUUACUUCCUGCAUUGUCAUGUGACUUUGAACCUUUGAGCAUUAUUUUUUUCAAACUCGGACAGUCUUUUUCAUCAGUUUAAUGAGGUGAGCAGUAGUUCUCAGUGACCUCCAUCGCCAAAGAAAGGCUGUCUCUGAGCUCAUUUUUCUUUUCUGCAUGUGUUUCAGUCGAUGCUAAAAUGAUUCGUUAAAGGGAGUCGACGUAAAUCGUACUGGCACACAGUGUGGCAGGAUAACACCGGUCUGUUUCAUCUGGUGUCAAAGUGGAACUGCUGCAAAUACUGCUGUCCAUUUUCCAGGGCAAACAACUGAAGGACUGCUUUAUUUUAUGAAUAACAACACAACCUUGCUUCUCCUCACCAUUGGGACACAUCACCUGUCAAACCAAUUCAUUUUGCCCGUCAGCAUAAAAUCCAAUCAGAUUUUGAGUCUUACUUCUGACAAUAAGAGAUAAUGGCUCAAAUGCAUUGGUGACGGAUUCAGGCCGCCUGGAACGAACUUGGACUGGAAUCGCAAAGAAUUCAUCAGAGACGUGACUUCCACAGGAGCUGUUUGGGAAUCUGGUGGGAGAACUGGUCCUUCCUAGACCUCGACCUCAACACUUCUGCUUUGAAAUCUACUUCUUGCCCGGCCAGCUUUCUGGAUUGCCCUUCCAGAUCAUUCCUGCGACCUGUUGACCCAUCUCAGUGUUUCAUCCUGGACGAAGGGAUCUGCCUCUACUGUCAGUGCACGCACUCUGUGAUCAGUGCCAACAGGCCUGAGGAACCGAGCCCAGCCGGAGCGAGAGAGGAGGCAGAGGACUUCAGAGCCACAGACUCUGGGAUCCUGGCCAUGAGGUUUGAUGCCUCGAUCCACUGACCGGAAACACUGGACCUAAAUGGCGCAGCAUGACUUUGUCCCUGCCUGGCUUAACUUCUCCACGCCGCAGCCUGCCAAGUCCCCUGCCUCCACCCUUGACAAACAAGGUGAGCCUCACCACCACGGAGACGGCAGAAACUCUGUGAGCCGCCGCCGCCACAACUCCUCUGAUGGUUUCUUUAACAACGGCUCCCUGCGCGCUCCAGCAGGCGAUGGAUGGCAGCAGCCCUCUCUGCUCCUGAGGCAUGACUCUGUGGACUCGGGGGUGGCCAAAGGGGGGCAUGGUGGGCUGGCAGGGGGAUCCUGUUGGAAGGAAAGCCCCAGCUGGCAUGGAGCGCAGCGGGGGGCCCCGGACGGCCACCACCACCAGGGACGCCACCCCAAGCGGUUAGGAGUCGACAGGGACAGGCAGGUGGGGCACCGGCAGCGCAAUGGCAACUUUCAUCCCCGCAAGGGAACCUCGUACCAGGACAAGUUCCCCAACGAGGAACGCAAAGACGGCAAGGACGACAAGCUGAAGUUUGUGGAAGAGGACUUUCCUUCCCUCAACCCUGAAACAACUGGAAAGCCUGGGACUCCGAUGCGAGCAGUGGCUCCCCAUGCUGGAGUGUGGGAAAAUCCCCCUAGUGGCAAACAGAUGGUGUCCAAAAUGCUGGUCAUUAAGAAGGUUUCCAAGGAGGACUCCAGCACAGCCUUCUCUGCUGGGUUCGCCACUGCCGGCGUCUUGCCCAUCAAUGGCAACAAAGUUCCCAUUUCAGGCUCCAGCAUCUACAAGAACCUGGUCCCAAAGCCUGCUGUGGUGCCCACCAAGAGCACCCAGUGGAAAUCCGGCGGUAGAGAGAUCAUCAAGUCUGGGCUUCACAUGCCAGGCCGAGAUUCAGUCUUCACCAGCCCCGUCUCUGCAGCCAAACCCAGCACCCCAGUCAGUGCACCACAGCACAACACCCACAAAGAGCACCCUUCCAGCACGACUCCUCCCAUAGACAUUGCCCCAUCGAGGCUGAAGCUAAUGCGGCGCGGUCCGGACCGCAAGAGCGAGUUCCUGCGAGCUCUGAAAGACGAGGGCGCUGGCGAGCCGGUGACGAGCAGCAGCCCCGGAACAUCGGGAGAGGGGGAAAGCAGCACCCCCGAGCCCAAAGCCUACAGGGAGGAAGUCUGCCACGAGAACGGUGUGUCCUCCUCCCUCAGUGACUCAGACACUGAACACCUGUCCAGUUCCCUGGAGGCAGAGCACAGGUUGCUGAAGGCCAUGGGCUGGCAGGAAUACCCAGAAAAUGAUGACAACUUCCAGCCUCUGACUGAGGACGAGCUGAGAGAGUUCCAGACUAAAACUGAACAGCUGAAGAGGAACGGCAUGCAGAGUAACGGAGGUCUCCCAAGGGCGCGAGGUGUGACCCUCCACUUCACCCCCUGGAGGAGUGUGGCCGAGGCGAACGUCGAGGAGGGCUCCGAGUCUGAAACUAGUAGCAGCAGCCAGACCUCUGACGACGAGGACUGUAUCAAAUCCUAACGUGGCUUUACGGAACAAAGAAAAACAUCAACAACACAAAUGCCAACAAAACAUCCCAGCAAGCAAUCCCCCCUCUUCCUCUCAUCUCUGUUUUUAGAGCACCAUUUUGAAUUUAUUUUGUUGAUUUGUUUUUGUUUUUUGUUGUCAUUCUUGCACAAGGGAAAAACCAAUCAUAUCCCAGUGAAGGGGGAGAUUCCUGCUCCGCCAGACGUCGUUUUCCCUGCGUUUCCUCCUUCACUGCAGUCCCGGUCCUCGUUGACCCCCACCUUCCCAUCCCUUCUUUUUUCUUCCUCGCUUUGUGGAACUGACGUGUUCAUCAAGAAAAGAAGGGCAAUGAAUGCACACUUGAUUCUGCUUUAAACAGACUAACUCAUUUCAUUGAUGAUGCUGAUGACACAUUAUUAAUGAUAUUAAUAAAAAUUGGUUCCUGACAAGCUGAUAUGUUUCAAUAUGAA